AAUUUUCCGUUACAGUUCAAAAAUAAACACAAUCCGAAAGUUUUGUUGAGAAAUGCCGCCAAAGAAGGCAAAGAAGGGGGCGGCGGACAAGAAGGAGGAGGACCUGGGCAUCCACCCACAGCCGCCGAACGUUUUCCUCUACAUCCAGCUGGCCAACAUAGCCAACCUGCCCCAAACGGAGCAUCAGCUGGAGAUCCACAUAAGCCAGGGUGGCAGUUUGAUCGUCAAGUGCGACGAGCACUACAACACGGAUGGCAUCAUAGUGCAGGGCGAGUUCAACACGAGGCCCACGUUCACGCUGAUCUUCCAGCAGGACAACGUGGACAGGAUCAACCAUGCGGCGGAUAAUCCCCUCCUGAUCCAACUCUACGUGCGUGUCUUUCCGCCGAAAAGAAAGUUUGAGGUGGAGUUCGAAAUGGGUGAGGAGCAGCUGGAGGAGGGUGGCGAUUUGGAGGCGGAUUCCGACUCCGAUUUGGCCAUGUCCACGGGGAAGAACACAACGAUCGAGGAUGACGACGAGUUCGAGGCCAGGGAGACGGAACAGUUGGUACUCCUUUGUGUGGGCUACCUGGAUGUGAUCAAGUUGUUCGGCCACCGACGCAGCAUGAUCUGUGAGCAGUUGUACCUCUAUCCCAUGCCGGAUGUUCCCAACGAUCUGCGCACCACCGUCCACACGGAGUGGCACCUCUACACCCUGCUGCCCAUCGCCAAAAAGCUGACCUUCACCAACAUGGCCUUCGUGACGUUCGAGAGCAUAUACAACCUUAAGGAGGAGUACGUCCUGGACAUGGACACCCUGUGGGUGCGGGUGAGUUUCCGCUCUCGGCUGCCCAGUGAUCGGAACGAGUACACGUUUGUGCCGCUCUGUGAAUUCGGGAACCUGGAGCGGAAGAUCAUCAGCACGCAGAACAAUCAUCAUGUCUUCGAGUCCUUCCGCCGCAUCGUGUAUCCGUGGAAUGUGACUGGGCUAAAGUCCGCCAUGGAGGUGGAAAUGCAUCGACUCUUCGCGGAACUCUUCUGCAGCGAGGGCAUGACGGUGGACUUCGAGGAAAUCGACCCGGCUAUGGAUGAUGCUCUCGUCUGCAACUCCUUUCACCGCUUCAUCCUGACCCAGAAGAUGGCCGAUAUCCUAUCGUUUGUCAUCACCUGCCAGCAGUAUGUCAUAGCCAUCGAGGCGUUUCAAACUUCUGGGAGCGCCAAGCCGCAGAAAGUUUUCCAGGGCGUUCUGGAUCCGUCUAUAAUGGCUUUUCCGGGGGUCCAAAACAUGAGAUUUGCUGUCCAGCUCGAUUAUCUGGGAAAACUUAAGCCCAAGAAGCACAUGAGCAGCCUAAUGAGUGGAAAGGGCUUGGAUCGGCAACGGCUUACGCCCACCUUUGCCAUCAUAAAGUUGUGUCUCCUGGCGCCCAUUGGGGAGAUCUACAAGGAGCUGAAGGUGUUCCGCGAGAGCUUUGUGCGCCAGAACCGACUGCUCUUCUGCGAUCGUCCCUAUAGUGCGCAAAAAGUGCUGACACUGGCCGAGAUCCAGCAGGAAGCCUAUGCCCGGUUCGACAAGUUCAUCAGGGAUUGCAUAGCCUUUAUUAUCGACAAGAAGGUGAUGAAGAUCGAGGACAAGAAGCAGCACUUCUGCUGCGCCGUUCAGAACCUGACCAAUAUCCUGAUGAAGUUGGUGGGCAGUGUCUACAAUACAAGGACUCCCACCUCCUCAAGCGUGGAGUUUGCGAAUCUCUGCGCCUUUGCCUACAAUGAGUUGGAGCCCCGGAUCCACAGCAUGGUGGAGCAGAUUGAGAACGAGGGCUUCGAGAACUACACGGUCCACAAGCAGAUUCAGAUAGACCGGCAGAUAGACUACUUGAACACCAUCAAGCUGCUCUAUUUAGUGAAAGACGAUAGCCUUGCUAAUCUGCUGCUGGAGAAGGCCACCACCGAGUACCCCAGUGAUGAACGAUUUUGGUUCUACAUGCUGAUCGCGUACAUGGAACGUGGCGAUCUCGAAAAGGCUAAGUUGUACUUCAGAAAGAAUCACCUGGCGGACACCCACGACUACUUUGCUGGCUGGAUCAAAUUGUACAUCAACUACGUGGACACUCGAAACAAUCCAGAAACCUCGGCCGACUGCACGGAGUGUCUUCUGAAGAGCAUUACGAACUACGCCGAGAAGAAUCCCCGUCAGCAGGACGGGUGGAUCCUGCUCUACUGCUACUACAAAAGAUUCAAGUACGAGCCGGGCUGUGCCUUUGCCCUCUGGCGAUUUGCGGACCAGAGCGGGCACAACCGGGUCAACUCCUCCUCCAAUGCUCCGCACAGUCUGUGGGGUCUUUUCCUGACCCUCAGCACGACCUUGCCCACGGUCCGGGGAAGCCUGUUCUUCGAGGUCUUCAGGACCUUUGCGCGCCUGGGUCUCUACGAGUUCGCCCAGGUGGUCUUUGCCGCCGUGGAGCAUUUGCUCAAUGAUGCGGAUCGGUAUAUGAUCAACACCCAGCUGUCCCUAAUGCUCAACCAACUGGAUGAGGACCUUGUACUGCAGAGCUACGAGUUCGGAGAAGGCGAGGAGGCUGACAAUGCGGCCGCCAUGAACGCCCAGGUCAACGGCAAUGUGGAGUUCCAACGAGGCAACCUGGAGGAGGCUGCCUUGUACUACGAGUGCUGUCUGACCUUGCCCGUUGCCGAUGAGAACGAGCGCGAUUCCUUUGAGGUCAGCAGACUGCGACUGGGCUACAUAUCAUAUGAGUUGGGCAACUACCAAAAGUGCAUCGAAGCCCUGAGCCAACCCUUCGCCGGCCAGCUUCUGUCCCUGGUGGCCGGCAACUUGAUGGGCAAGUCCUACUAUAAACUGAACGAGUUGGAGAUGGCCCUCCAAUGCUUUGCGAAGUCCACCCAUCUGGAUACCCAUGUGCCCAACGUAUGGGGGUUUCUGGCGCUAAUCAACCUAAGACUGGGUGAAAACUACAAGGCUGUCGAAUGCUGGAAGUAUGCCAAGAUAGAGCCCAACUUUGAAAUCGAUGACAUGAUGAUCUACGAGGAGCUGGACGCCAUUGACUACGAUUCCGUGGACUUGUACAUCGAUGCUCCGAAUCAGUUAGUCGAGGACAUCUUCGGGGAGUCCCAAUCAAGCUCAUAACUUGUAUAUUUUGUGUGUUUUGCCCUGUGAAUUUGAGCCCAUAAAAAACAACAUGCUCUGCUCUAUGCAAAAUGGC